CCCAAUCUUCCACCAUGACUACCCGUUUCAAGAAAAACAGGAAGAAGAGAGGCCACGUGUCAGCCGGACACGGUCGUGUGGGAAAACACAGAAAACAUCCAGGAAGUAGAGGUAAUGCUGGAGGUAUGCAUCACCAUAGAAUCAUGUUCGAUAAAUACCAUCCAGGGUAUUUUGGUAAAGUUGGUAUGCGUUAUUUUCAUAGGCUUCGUAACAAAUUUCAUUGCCCCAUAGUCAACCUUGAUAAGCUUUGGUCAAUGGUACCUGAUGACGUCAAGGAGAAGGCUUCUAGUUUUCUUUUCAGUUGGACUUUGUUUUCUUUCAGUUGGACUAUGUUUUCUUUCAGUUGGACUUUUGUUUCUUUCAGUUGGACUUUGUUUUCUUUC